UUUUACUACUGGUCAGAUAAAAAACACUUACAACACUAUUACAAUCACAAUAUAUUAUACUGUUAAAGUGGUUUCAACUGGAAAUAAUUUAUUGACAUCAACGUAUCCUAACAUCAUGAGGCUGUUUAUCAUCUGUGCAUUAUUAUCCCUAGCCAACGCAGCCAAUCGACUUUGCAAUGGCGAUGUUAUGACCCUGCAUCCGACCGGGAAGGCUAGUGGAGGUGUUGCUGCUUCCCAUGCUGAGGUCCAGCACGACGUCACCGCUCUAGAGAAACACAGACACUGUUACCAAGCCAGUGCUGAUAAUAACUGUAUUCAAGCAUCUGUUAUUGCCGCCGUUGCAAGCAGAGAGUCCAGGGGCGGAACCCUUCUGGUGGCCACUCAUGGAUACGGUGAUCUAGGGCACGCUUGGGGUAUCAUGCAGUGUGACACUAGGUACUCAGGCCUGCCUUGUACUUCUGUGCCAUGGGACAGCUGUGAACAUAUUGAGAUGAUGGUCCACAGGAUGCUCGUACCUAAUGUCCACUCUCUGCACACCAAGCACCCAGCCUGGCCCAUGUCUCAUUGUCUGCAGGGUGCUGUGGCCGGCUACAACUGUGGUCUUAGCAGGGUGACUUCGUUUGAAACUGCCGACACCCACACCACCGGACACGACUACAGCAACGACGUCAUCGCCAGAGCCCAGUGGCUACAUCAGCACGGAUGGAAUUAGAUUCUUGCUCUCUAACUAAAAAUAAAAUGUUCCCAAUGUUUCAA